AUGCCUUUAUCCGAGGAUCAGCAGCCUCCGCGAAAGAAGAUCCGCAAGGGGACCCGCAGUUGCUGGGAAUGUAAACACCGCAAGGUGCGCUGUCAUUUUGCUUCUGAUGGUGACCGUAGCUGCAGAGAGUGUCUGGUUCGGGGUUUGCUCUGUCGCACCCAGGAUUUGCCAAAACCUGAAAAUCCCCGCGAAUCAGAUCGUGCAUCUUUGAAUGACCGAUUGGCUCGAGUGGAAUCGCUCUUGGAGAGAUUUAUGCAGCGUUACGAUGGCGAUACCGAUCAGUCGUUUCCCCGAGCCGCGGGUGACAAUAAUGGCCCUGUUUCAAGUCCGACGGCUGCAACUCCUGCUCAUGAAAAUGCCCCAGUCUUAUCUCUUUUUGACAAUGAGGUGCUAGGUUUUCGACGACAAGAUGUAACGACAGUGCCUAACAUAUCCUUGUAUUGGGCGGCAAACCGGGACUGGAAAAGACUGAGCCGCACCCUUUUCGUAGCAUUGCCUUCCCAAGACACAUUGGAAAAGCUAGCAGAAACCAGCAGUUGCUGGUGGCUAGUCCGCGCGCAGUGCUUCCAAGACUACGAAACGUCAUUGCUUUCUAUCCCAGUGGCGGACCUUUCAAAUAGCCACCCGGUUGUGAUUGCUACCACUCUCAUGUGGACCGCGAUUAGUCUGCAACAACUUCCACCUAACUAUGACACGAGCUUUUUGGAACUUCCCUGCCAUCCAACCAAGCUCAUCGAGCAGUACAUCAACUUAGUUGUUACAUCUGUCUGCUCCGACGAAGCCAUGGUUAGUAACAUCAACGGGCUUGAGUGUUUGGUUCUUCAGGGAAUCUUUUACAAUAAUGAUGGGAAGCUAAGGAGUGCAUGGCUAUCCUAUCGCCGUGCUCUAGAUGUCGCUCAGAUCAUCGGGCUCCAUCGUCCGUUGCUAGCCGGUUCAGAGAAUAGCGAAUCUCUGCAUCGCGCCAGGAGUAUCUGGAAGCACAUCAUCUAUGCAGACCGAUAUCUUUCGCUCAUGCUCGGAAUGUACCAUGGCAUUGGCGAUGCGGCAUUGGAGCGGCAAGAAGAUAACCUAAGUGAUGUGCCGAAUUCAUCUUCCAUGGACCUUCUUUGCCGAGUGGCCGGGUCAAUAAUCGAGCGAAAUCAGAACUUUCCAACCGUCACCCCAAUCAUGGUGCGAAUGACCCAGACCAUCGAUUCAAAGCUAGGGACGAUCGAUCCUCCAAUGGUAGAAGAAUAUACACUUUCCACCGCUGGCAAAUCUGCGGAAAGAGCCCAAUACUAUGCCAAACUCAUGACCCAGCUAUGGUACUACCAGCUUAUGGCGUGGCUACACCUGCCUUUUCUCUUGGAGACAGGCAGCCAGGGCCGUUAUGACUAUAGUCGACAGAGCUGUCUUCAAGCCUCCAGACACAUGAUCACCAGCUACACCGCAAUCCGACGCCUCACUGCAGACAGCUUCUGCUGCAAAUCCCUCGAUUUCCAGGCUUUCACUGCUGCAGUAACGCUUAUGAUAAGUGUACUGGGACCAAAUGGUCGAACAAAUCAGUCCCCAGACGACCUUGAGGCUGUUGGACGAGUCAUACAGAUUCUGGAAGAAUUGACAAAAGGAAGCACUCCUGAUAAAGUUGCAACUCGCGGUCUCAGUGUUUUACAGACACUGAAACGAGUCGCGACGGGGAAGAAUCCAAUACAGCCUGUCUCUCCCGAAGGUCAAUCUAAUGGAGAACAACCCAGCCACAUCAAGGUUGAUAUUCCUUACUUUGGCACUAUUGUCCUUGACCGUAGGACUCGAGCCAGUUCUUCACAGCAAGAUAUUUCUGAUCAUGGCCUACCACCGGCGCCGGGCAAUGGUGGACCUGGGACAAACGGACCAUCAGCGUCAAAGGCGAAUUUGAUGGAACAUAACUCUGCACAAAUGGAGUCGGGGUUAUCAGUCCCUUUGACAGAGACAAGCCUUGACUUUGAGCCUGCUGCGGAGAUUUGGACGCUUCAUCCUGAUUUAAUAAUGCAGCCUUCCUUCGUGGCCGACCUUGGUGAUAACUGGGAUCUGGGACUUUAA